UCCUGAUCAGGAACGAAACACGAUCUCAUCAUCAAUAUCUACUCUUUUCUCGUUGUCUUUUACAUAUCAGAGUAUAGCGCUAUCAUCUGCUGUCCAGGGCCUAUUUUAGGUGCUUGGGUAGUUGAAGCGACAGUUAUACAUUAGGUACUCUGCAGGAGACCUCAGCUCCUGUUUACUGAAGCUGCAGCCUGAACUGUAAAUGCUAUACGGAUCUUCUCAGCCUCCGGGUCAUUCUGGCCCCUCUUCUAUUAAGCGCUCCGUCAAUAUGACGCCGACUACUAGACAUGCCGCGGCGGCUGCGGUCCGGGAGUGCCAGGUCAUCGACCCGACGGAGCCGUCUAAGGAGUCGUCGGUGGCGCCUGAACCGGCUCUGUCGCCCUCCGCCACAGUCGUCUCCGAAGAUGAUGGUGGCACGCACGAGUCUUCAAGAACCGUGAGUCCUUCAAGAGAAGGGACACCUAGCCCUCACGUCCGCGAGACGGAAGUGAAAUCGGAGCUUCCGGAACGGUCUUCGGAGUCUAAAGGCAAGGAGCCUUGCCGCUCCCCUUCACCAGUGAUGAUGUCGACUAAGGUUAAAGUGGAAGUCCCUGAUCUAUCUGGAACAACAGUGGUGGAAGCCAGUAGUAGCAAUACCCUAGUACAACCGCCCACAACCCCUAAACGUAGCAGAACCAUCGCUGCAGUGGACACAGAUGACGACGUAGACGACAGCGAAUCGCCUAGGAAGCGUCGUAUGGAAGCAGCCUCGGUUUUAACAGGUAAGUAUGAACCAGUCCCCGAGUACUGGGAUGACGGCCCACCAACUCCCGUCGUCAAGUACGAAGACUCCGACUUGGAUGGCGAGGAAAAUCCCUUUUUUAUAUCACCCGAUGCCCAACGACACUACGACCUAGGCCUGGACGCAGCCCCGAUCCCAUUCCAACGGUCCCUCGCUUACUCGUCCUUCUCCGGUCGGCCCCAAUCUCCACCGCUUCCCGGCGUACCUUUCUACCAUCCUAAUUUCCCGCAGCGCCGCCCCCUCCGCUGCCCUAACUAUCGUCCUAACCACCUCAGUUUCGAGCUCAAGCAGUCCCACACCCUUUUCAACCCGGAUAGAUGGUUCUACGUGUGUAGCGACUGCUAUGAUGGCUUCCUCUGCUGGGCCGAUGACCGCGGGGUGCAUAAGAACAACCCGGAGUGCCACUGCGGGUACCCAUCGCGCAAGGAGAUGACGACCGAGAGGUCCCGGAACCCUAGGGUGAUUUUUUACAACUGCGCCACGAAGGAGUGUGGAUUUCGAGACGCCAACUGGGACGAACAGCUAUCUGAAAGGGAGGUAAACGAGUAUUACGGACGGGAAAUUUAUCCGAAUGCGGAAUAAUAGUUUCCACUCGUUGGGCAUAUUCGAUAUCGGCCAUGGUUCGCUGUUUUCAUUGGGUCGGACUUCUGGACUGUUAUACCCCUGAUCAGAUCAUAGCUUCUAGCUUCUUGUACUGAACGAGUUGUAAAAGUUAAUUCACAUAUUGUUUAUUUCCUCAAGACCAUGAAUUCAUCUUUUCUAAUGAAAUCUUCGAGUCUUGUUCCCAGCCGAGCCUCGAGUUAU